AGGGCUGGCAAAAUGGGACACAACGAGCUCCAGACUGUCUUCCUACUGCUGCUGAGCCUGGCAGGAGAGACCUAUGGAGGAUUCCCCAACACUAUCAAUAUAGGUGGACUUUUCAUGAAAAACACCAUUCAGGAACACAGCGCGUUUUUAUUCGCCGUUCAGCUGCACAACACCAACCAAAAUAACACAGAGAGGCCCUUCCAGCUCUUUCACAAUGUAGACCACUUAGACUCAUCCAACAGCUUUUCUGUGACCAACGCUUUUUGUUCACAGUUUUCCCGUGGCGUCUAUGCCAUCUUUGGGUUCUACGAUCAAAUGUCUAUGAACACUCUUACAUCAUUUUGUGGUGCCCUUCAUACGUCAUUCAUCACACCAAGCUUUCCAACAGACGCAGAUGUACAGUUCGUCAUCCAGAUGAGACCGGCACUUAAAGGACCUAUUCUGACUCUUCUCAAUGAUUACGAUUGGCAGAGAUUUGUGUAUCUAUAUGAUACUGAAAGAGGAUUCUCUAUUCUUCAGGCCAUUAUGGAGGCAGCGGUACAGAACAACUGGCAAGUGACAGCUAGAUCAGUGGGGAAUAUAAAAGAUGUUCAGGAAUAUAAACGCAUCAUAGAGGAAAUGGACAGACGUCAGGAGAAAAGAUUUGUAAUUGACUGUGAAGUUGAACGAAUAAACACAAUUUUGGAACAGGUUGUAAUCCUUGGCAAACACACACGAGGCUACCACUAUAUGCUUGUAAACCUGGGAUUUACAACCAUAUCUCUGGAUAGAGUCAUGCAUGGUGGUGCCAACGUCACUGGAUUUCAGAUUGUCAAUAAUGAAAACCCAUUAGUUCAGCAGUUUCUACAGAGAUGGGUGCGUCUAGAUGAGAGGGAAUUUCCUGAAGCAAGAAAUACACCGUUAAAGUACACUUCAGCUCUGACCCAUGAUGCUGUGUUAGUAAUAGCUGAGGCUUUUCGAUACCUAAGAAGACAACGAGUGGAUGUGUCGAGACGAGGGAGUGCUGGAGACUGCCUAGCAAAUCCUGCAGUUCCUUGGAGCCAAGGCAUAGACAUUGAGAGAGCUUUAAAGAUGGUGCAAGUUCAAGGGAUGACUGGAAAUAUCCAGUUUGAUACAUAUGGAAGAAGAACUAACUACACUAUUGAUGUGUAUGAGAUGACAGCUACUAAACCCCGAAAGGUUGGACACUGGAAUGAAUAUGAACGUUUUGUUCCUAUUCCUGAUCAACAACCUACAAAUGAAUCCUCAUCUGUGGAAAACAAAACUAUUGUAGUUACAACUAUUUUGGAAAAUCCAUAUGUCAUGAAAAAGAAAAAUUAUGAACAGCUGGAUGGCAAUGAUAAGUAUGAAGGAUACUGUGUGGACCUGGCAAGUGAGAUUGCAAAACAUGUUGGGAUAAAAUACAAACUUUCCAUUGUCGAAGAUGGCAAAUAUGGGGCUCGUGACCCAGAAACUAAAAUAUGGAAUGGAAUGGUGGGGGAGCUUGUAUAUGGGAGAGCAGACAUAGCAGUCGCCCCUCUCACCAUUACUCUGGUACGAGAAGAAGUCAUUGAUUUUUCAAAACCAUUUAUGAGCCUGGGCAUCUCCAUCAUGAUUAAGAAGCCUCAAAAAUCAAAACCAGGAGUAUUUUCCUUCCUGGAUCCCUUGGCCUAUGAAAUCUGGAUGUGUAUAGUGUUCGCCUACAUUGGAGUCAGUGUAGUACUUUUCCUAGUCAGCAGAUUCAGCCCUUAUGAAUGGCACUUGGAGGACACAGAUGAAGCCCGUGACCCUCAGAACCCUCCCGACCCUCCAAAUGAGUUUGGGAUAUUUAACAGCCUAUGGUUUUCCCUGGGUGCCUUUAUGCAGCAAGGAUGCGAUAUUUCUCCAAGAUCUCUUUCUGGGCGAAUAGUUGGAGGAGUGUGGUGGUUCUUCACUUUGAUCAUAAUCUCCUCCUAUACUGCCAAUUUAGCUGCUUUCCUUACAGUGGAAAGGAUGGUGUCACCCAUUGAGAGUGCAGAAGAUCUGGCUAAACAAACAGAAAUAGCUUAUGGCACUUUGGAUUCUGGCUCUACCAAAGAAUUUUUUAGGAGAUCAAAGAUAGCAGUCUAUGAGAAAAUGUGGUCGUACAUGAAGUCGGCAGAACCAUCUGUGUUUACAAAAACAACCGAUGAUGGUGUGGCUCGUGUUCGAAAGUCUAAAGGAAAGUUUGCCUUCCUACUGGAAUCUACAAUGAAUGAAUACAUCGAGCAGAGGAAGCCAUGUGACACCAUGAAAGUUGGCGGCAACCUGGAUUCUAAAGGAUAUGGCGUGGCAACUCCAAAAGGCUCAGCAUUAAGAAAUGCUGUUAACCUGGCAGUAUUAAAACUGAAUGAGCAAGGACUCUUGGACAAAUUGAAAAACAAAUGGUGGUACGACAAAGGAGAAUGCGGCAGCGGGGGAGGUGACUCCAAGGACAAGACCAGUGCCCUGAGCCUAAGUAAUGUUGCAGGGGUGUUCUAUAUCCUCGUUGGAGGUCUUGGACUAGCCAUGAUGGUGGCUUUGAUAGAGUUCUGCUACAAAUCGCGAGCAGAAUCAAAAAGAAUGAAACUUACAAAGAAUGCACAAAACUUUAAACCUCCUCCUGCAACCAGCACCCAGAAUUACGCUACAUACAGAGAAGGUUAUAAUGUCUAUGGAACAGAAAGUGUUAAAAUUUAA